UCACAUACGAACUGGACACUUCAGUUGCGUUUCUCCGCCAUUUUCCUGUAGGGUUCAUAACAGAAAAAUCCUCUCUCUCUCUCUCUCUCCGGCCGCAGCUCCCAGAUCAACUCGAUUUGCUGAGACGUUUUUGUUUUGUUGGGGGGAGGAAUUUUAAAAACCCGACCGGAAUGGGUUGGGUCGGUUCAAUCUUACUGGGCCGGGUCGAGCCCAAAAGUGUCUAGGGCGGGUCAUGUUGCAGGCCUAUUCUCAAGCCCGCGCAUUCACGGUUCUCUUCACUGGGAACCAUGUGCCCCGAUUUAUAACACAUUUAACAUUGCAAUCUAGGGAUCCAUUUCACAGCAUUUGUCUACUCCAGCUUCCACCGUCCCACAGCAGGGUACAAGUGCUUGAGCUGAACGAGUGACUGCCUUUCAAUUCGUUUCCUCACGGGAAGCAGAGAAACGCUGGCAAGAAGAGGAAAUUCAUUAGGUCGGUGCCGGUGAGAAACGGGCAAGAAGAGGAAAUUCAUUAGGUCGCCAGCUCGUCCUCGUCUCCAGCUCUUCCUCGUCGCCAGCUCCUCCCCAUCACCUCCUUCUUCGUCUGUUGCAGUUUCAAGCCCCAAAAAAGGCCCUUCUCAAACUGAAGUCCCGUCAUAAGCGCGCUCCUUCAAGCUCAGAUCUAUAAAUACUCUCUCCCCCUCUCCCCCAGCCUCUGUACUUUCAGAGCCAGGUUAUUUCUCCAAGCCCACAUUCAAUUUUGCAACUAAUCGGUGGAGAAUAAUGGCUGCGGCAGCAGCAGCAGCAAGAGGGGUUCCGAAAAGGUCGGAGGUGCUAUGGCUGUUCCGGUCUCUUCUACGCACGGCCCGGCAGUUCAGUGAUUACAACAUCAGGGAGUACACUAAGCGCCGAACCAUUGACGGGUUCCGCCUCAACCGGACCCUGUCCGACCCGGAUUCGAUCACCUCCGCCUUCUCUGACGGCAAGGCCCAGCUCGAGGUCGCGAAGAGACAGUCUAUCAUCUACUCCCUCUACACCCCCAAGGUCAAGAGCAUCAUGGAGCUCAAAUCAUGAAAAUCCCCAUAAGUUAUGAUUCUAUCUUGCUACAGCUCUUGAGGACAGUUGCCUUUUUAAUUUAUUUUUGUAUUUAUAUAUUAAUAUAUGGGUUCUGACUUGGGAUUUAUGGAGGUUUAGGAAAUAACUGGAUUUUGAAUUUCAGUUAUUGCCAUGCUUUUUUUAGUAAGUAAUAAUUUAUAUGGUUUUUAUGGCCUUGAUAGCUUAA